GUGCAUGUUACACACAAACCACGCUCUCUGAUAUAUAUGUAAUUUACCAACACUAGAUAAAAUUCUAGAUAAGACGGCCAAACAUCUUAACACGCGACAUCCAGUAGGACACACAGACCAAUGUCAUGAUCGUUUAAAUUUUCACGUCUGUAGUCACAGACUUCUCGGAAUGAGGAAUAUCGACAGUGCCGGUUCUGACCACCAGGAUGGGGACGAGCUUCAGUGUGAGGAGGAGCAGAAUUCCUGGACAGAUUACAGCUAUCUCCCGAUUGAUCAUGGAUGGGCGUUCGUCAUCGUAUUCGGUUGUUUCGGCGUGUGUGCCCUGGUGGUGGGGACUUUGAAGUCCUUUGGAGUUAUUUUGGUGGAAUUAUCCCGUCUGUUCAAUGUACCUGCUAGUAUCCUGAUAGGACCGCAGUGUCUGGCCGGAUUCUUCCAUCUAUCCUUAGGUCCCGUGGCGAAUGCCCUCAGUGAGCGGUACUCACACAGAAUGGUGGUGUUCCUAGGCGGGUUCUUGGCCACCAUUGGUUUAAUUAGUACAUCAUUUGUCCAGUCAGUGCCCGCAUUUUACGUUACCUAUGGAGUCAUUUCCGGAGUCGGCUUUGGUUUGUGUUUGUCGCCGUCACUCACUUUCCAGGGAUUUCAUUUCCGGAAGCGUCGCGCACUUGCUAGUGGACUUUCCGCAUCCGGAUCAGGAGCAGGGUCAUUCGCGCUACCUCCAAUUAUAAGGUUUCUCAUAAACUAUUACGGACUUGGAGGGUGUCUACUCCUCGUUGGGGGUUUCAUGUUCCACACGUGUGUGUUUUGUUCUCUCUAUCGACCGCCAUCUUACUGGAGAUUAAACAAAAGAAUGGAGGAAAAAACAGGCAGUAAGUCUACGAAGGAUAAAAACAGGCUAGUAGACAAGGAUACAACUAAAUCACUAUUGGAAAAUACAACUGGAUCAGAUUCUCUAAUCAAAGAUGAAAGUAAAGAUAUUGUAAACAAGCAGCCCUUAAAUCCCUCCAUGAUUUUGGAUUGGUACUCCCCUAAUACACAUAUUAAUAACGGACAUACGCCUGUCAACAUAUCGGAGAAAGACGACAAUGCAAAGAAGAAAUCAGUGCUAGACUGGAGCUUACUGAAGAACCCAGCUUAUAUUGUGCUUAUAAUUGCCUUUUUUUCGGGGAUUAUGGGUCAGCAUUCUCUGUACAAUGUUCUGCCCUCAGUGGCCAAUGAGAGAGGAAUCAGUGACGAGCAAGGAGCUAUAUUGGUGUCCGUUCUUGGGGCAACUGAUCUUACCGGCAGAAUAUUUUUCGGUUGGCUAGCCGAUUUUCGCUUCGUUGAACGUCAGACGAUGUAUAUGAUUAACCUAAUAUUGUUUUCUCUGAUCGGGUUCAUUGUGCCUCACGUGACCUCAUUCAUUGGAUUGUGUGUUAUGUCAACAUUCCUCGGAUUAUUCACCGGAGGAUAUUCGGGAACUCAAAUUGCGGUUUUGGCUGAUAAAUUUGGGGUCGAAAAACUGUCCAGUACUUGGGGAUUCGCAGCCUUUUUCGCCUCCCUAGCUCUCCUGAUUAAUCCGUUCCUCUCCGGCGUGAUUCGUGACGUCACGGGAUCCUGGGUUGGUGCAGUUACCCUUGGAACAAGUGUGGCUGCGUUUGGAUCAGGGUUACUUAUCGUUGAAGCUUUACUGAUCAGGAUUAGGCUGUGAUACAAACAUUUUACUGAUCAGGAUUAGACGGUGCUACAAACAUUUUACUGAUAAGGAUUAGACGGUGCUACAAACAUUUUACUCAUUUUACUGAUCAGGAUUAGGCUGUGAAUGUGUACAAACAUUUUACUGAUCAGAAUUAGACGGUGCUACAAACAUUUUACUGAUAAGGAUUAGACGGUGCUACAAACAUUUUACUGAUAAGGAUUAGACGGUGCUACAAACAUUUUACUCAUUUUACUGAUCAGGAUUAGGCGUUGAUACAAGCAUUUCAUUGAUCAUCAUUUGUUGAUCAAACCACAGCUUGUUUCGUAAUGCAACAAACAUAUCAUUGUUUGACUUACAUGUAGAGUGGUUCCUGGUGUUAAGUCAUUUAACGAUGCUGAUUGGGUCAUCACAGUCGGAUAAAGGGCUUUUCCGUGGAUGCUAGUAAUAGUCGUCUAAUUAUUUUUGCUUUAUAUAUAUAUAUUGUGGACAUUAUUCAUAAACCUUUAAUCUCGUAUUAUUGGUAAAAGUAGCAAUUUUCAUUUUCUCUCC